GGACCGUUUCUGUAAAUAUGUAGAUGUAGUCACUGUAGUGUAAAUGCGAGCUGUAAGGAAAACAAACCCAAAAUACAAGCGGAUAUUACGGUGCUGUAAUUUUACUAGUCACCACUCCCACGGCUAGGACUGCUAGCGUCACUAGUCUACCUGCCGCAACAACAAUCACAUCACACUAGAAGAAUCUGCAUUUAAAUUAAAAUAGGUGUUUGUGUUGAAGGUGCGAGUAGCUGGUUACCAAUAAUCGAAGCCUUCCUUUCGGCGGGGGACGGAAGAUGAGAAUGCCGUGACUGAGGCUGUUGUAAUAUUUCAUAUCUGAUGUUUUGGGUUUGGCUUGUAAUAAUAUUUCGAGCGUGCUUGUGAGAGAGCGGAGCUGGGGGCCCAGCCCCUUUCAACAGGGGGAAAAUAACAGAGAAGUGCCCGAUUGACUGUGAGCAGUGGGUUUCUUCUUGCGCCCUGAUAGUAUUACACAACCCGGUGUUUUUAGAGGACGCCCCGUUCUCCUACUAAAGUACAAUCACAGAACAAACCAGACAACAAGGUCAGCGAUUAAGAAGUGUGAUUCGACUGGAAAAGCAGCUUUAACGGGCUAGUUAGUGUAAGUGAUCACGCCUUACCCUUUGUGUGUGUGUGAAGUACGAGUCCUCGGGAAUACAUCACGCUGAGAGAUACUGUAAUCGCCGUUCACAAAACCCGCAAGUGUCUUUGUUGUGGAGCCUGCGUGUUUGUUUGUUUUUAACCUGUGUGGUGUACGAGCCCUGACCCAGUUUGGCCUAGAGAGAAGAGGCAAGCUUUAUUAAAUCUUGCACAUCGUUGUUCUGUUUAAGAGGCCUGCUGCAGCAGUGAACCGGGUAUCCCACACCUCCCCGGUGAAGCUGAACAGGUCCGAAGAAGAAUAAAGCCUUUCUGGAAGACAUUUUCUGAUGUCGGAUUUCCUCUGAAACGGUUCCAGAUAUGAUACCGAUGAUAUUAACCGUGUACCUAAGCAACAAUGAGCAGGUUUUAACAGAGGUUCCCAUAACUCCAGAAACAUCUUGUCGUGAUGUGGUUGAAUUCUGCAAGGAGCCGGGAGAAACGGGCUGCCAUUUAGCAGAGGUGUGGCGAGGAAAUGAGCGAGCAAUACCUGUCGAUCACAUGAUGUAUGAACAUCUGCAGAAAUGGGGCCCUCGGAGGCAAGAAGUGACGUUUUUUCUGCGUCAUGAGGAGUCUCCAGCAGAGAGCAGUGAGCAGGGUGGCCAACAAGCGCAAGAUCAACCGAACAGAAGAAACGGAGUUAACAUGCCUGCAGACAAGCACUGUGAAAACGGGGUUGGGAAUCCUCGUGUGGAGCUCACUCUUUCAGAGCUCCAGGAAAUGGCCACAAGACAACAGCAGCAGAUUGAGGCUCAGCAGCAGAUGCUCGUUGCUAAGGAACAACGUCUUCGAUACUUGAAACAGCAGGAGCGGCGGCAGCAGCAGUCCAUUUCAGAGAGCGAGAAGCUGCAGAAGCUGAAAGAAAGAGUAGAAAAUCAAGAGGCCAAACUGAAGAAGAUCAGAGCGAUGAGAGGACAAGUGGAUUAUAGCAAAGUCAUGAAUGGCAAUCUCUCAGCAGAAGUGGAGCACAUUCACGCCAUGUUUCAGGAGAAGCAGCUCGAGCUGCAGUCGGCCGUGCUGAAGGUGGACCAGCUGAGCCAGCAGCUGGAGGACCUCAGGAAAGGGAAGCUGAGCGGAUUCCAGUCCUUCAGUGGGCAGGUGACGGGGGCCGCAGCACUGGAGCUGAAGAAACUCUACCAGGAGCUGCAGAUCCGCAACAAGCUGAACCAGGAGCAGAAUAGCAAGCUUCAGCACCAGAAGGAGGUGCUGAACAAGCGCAACAUGGAGGUGUCCAUGAUGGACAAGCGCGUCAACGAGUUGAGGGACCGGCUCUACAAGAAAAAAGCUGAGGCACGUCAAAAAGAAAACAUCCCUUUAAAUCGGAUUAACGGGAUCCCCUCUCCUCAGCCAGUCCCUGCUCAUUCAGGCAGAGUGGCGGCUAUAGGGCCUUAUAUCCAAGCCCCUGCUCCUGGCAGACCCGAGGGGAGCUAUCACAUUCCAGGAGACCCGGUCAAGCCACAGUCCCUCACUGUCUCGGGCAGCACCAGCCAUGCUAGAUCAAAGUCAGAGACAGAUGGUCGAUGUUUGAAAAAAUCUCCAGGUACCUGGAAGGUUUCUGAUUUAGACAUCAUAGUGGAUCCUGUCUUGUCAACUCCCACUGCAUCUCUGCAGUCUCCAGAUCACAGAUACACCCACUUGGCAUCCUCUUCUGUGUCUGACACACUGUUUUCUAAUGAUGCAAACUGGCCCACCCUUAACAAGCAGGGGUCCCCCUCCACGAUGAAAAGAUCACACAUUGACUGGAAGGAGUCCAGUAUGGACACGGCUCUCAAAGCUGGGCAGAGUCAGCCUGUACCCAGCACACAAGCCAGCGAGAAGGGGAUAGAUCCUGUAACGGUGCCACCAUAUGUGCCUAACGUACCUAAACAGCUGCAACAGAAUUAUGGGACCUACCCCAGUCCUGUCCUAACGGGGGCCGGUUCUACAAGCUCUCUGGAAAGAAGAAAAGACAGCAGUCUGCCAAGACCCGGCUCGAACCCGCCCAAUUGGCAGAGACCCGGCCCUCCGGUACCAUCUGCGACCGUCUACCAGCCUGGGUCUGGGUCUUUGCCUGGGUUUUCUCAGCAGAUUCAGCACAGAAUGUCUGUGCCGCCGAGCCCCUCCUACCAGCCAGGCAGCUCACCCGUGUUCCCACCCGGGGAAAACAGACCUGAUCCCCCGCUGGCUGUGGCGGUCAGACCUUUCCUUACAGACAAGGGCUCCCGGCCUCAGUCUCCAAGGAAAGGUCCCCAGACUGUCAAUUCCAGCUCUAUAUACUCCAUGUACCUUCAGCAAGCUACGCCACCAAAGAGCCAUCAGCAGAACAUCUACAGCACCUUAAGCAAAGUACCAGCAGUCAAAGCAGUUUAUGGAAAACCAGUGUUGGCACCCAGUUCGGCACCCAGUUCAGCACCCUCAUCGCCAUUGCCUUUCCUUCAAGGGCUGCCCUACCCCUCAUCUCAGCCUCUGUCUCAGGAGGACGGUACUGACCAGGAGAUUGAGCUGGAGAACCUGCCCCCUCAUCCCCCCGGAGAGGGGAACCCCAGUGUGGACAACAUCCACCGGCCACUCAGCCCCACUAAGCUCACCCCCAUCGUGCACUCCCCCCUGCGCUACCAGAGUGAUGCCGACCUGGAGUUCCUGCGUAAGAAGCUGGCCAAUGCCCCGCGGCCCCUGAAGAAGCGCAGCUCCAUCACGGAGCCCGAGGGACCCAGCGGGCCCAACAUCCAGAAGCUGCUCUACCAGCGCUUCAACACGCUGGCAGGGGGCAUGGAGAGCACCGGCACCCCCUUCUACCAGCCCACCAACCCGUCCGACUAUAUGGGAGGGGUGCUGGCUGACGUGGACAACGGGAACCUGCCGGAACCGACCACCAUCCCCCCGCCGCCCCCCAGCCAGCUCCCUUCCCCCUCCCUGGAGCCACAGCUCCCCUCCUCAGACGCCAACGACAACGAGCUUCCAUCACCUCCCAUGGAAGAGCUGACCACCGACGAUGCCAACCAGCCCGCUGACACCACCGAGGACAGUAACAACAAUCCUGCCACAGUCCCCGAGCAGCUGCCCAGCCCUAUCCCCGAGGUCAGCUCUCCAGAGGAGGCUGAUGUCCUUCCCCUGCCCCCAGGACCCCUGCCACAGCCCCCUGUAAAGCGUACCAAUUUAAAGAAGCCCAAUUCUGAGCGCACUGGCCAUGGACUGAGGGUGAAAUUCAAUCCCCUGGCCCUCCUCCUUGAUGCUUCCUUGGAAGGGGAAUUCGACUUGGUGCAAAGAAUUAUUUAUGAGGUUGAAAACCCCAGCACCCCUAAUGAUGAAGGUAUAACUCCACUACACAAUGCAGUGUGUGCGGGUCAUCAUCACAUUGUGAAAUUCCUGCUAGAUUUUGGAGUAAAUGUCAAUGCUGCUGACAGCGAUGGAUGGACGCCAUUGCACUGCGCUGCUUCUUGUAACAGUGUUCAUCUCUGCAAACUCCUGGUGGAGUCUGGAGCAGCCAUUUUUGCUUCGACUAUUAGUGAUGUGGAAACUGCUGCAGACAAGUGUGAGGAGAUGGAGGAGGGCUACAUCCAGUGCUCUCAGUUCCUCUAUGAGCAAGAUUUGCAAGUGCAGUCUCUUGUAAAGCGUUGUUUUGAUGUUGCUCUGCUCCUCUCAGGAGUACAGGAAAAGCUGGGCGUGAUGAACAAAGGCACAGUGUAUGCGCUGUGGCAAUACGAAGCCCAGAACAAUGACGAGCUCUCUUUCCGGGAAGGAGAUGCCAUCACCAUUCUGAGGCGCAAAGAUGACAGUGAGACAGAGUGGUGGUGGGGGCGCCUCAAUGACAAGGAAGGCUAUGUCCCUCGCAAUCUGUUAGGGCUGUACCCAAGAAUAAAGCAGAGACAACGUUCCCUGGCAUAAAAUCCAAGUAGCGUCAGAAACGGCUGUAAUUGUCAAUGAAAUAACUGGAAUUGUAAAGACUGGAGACAUUCUCUUCUGGGAAACAAAAUAGCUGCUGUCAUUUUCAAGAGUGGUGCUGUUCUCCUGACCAUGGGCAGUGUUUUAAAACAAAUCAUUUUAUAAAUCACACAGAACUUCUCAUUACAGAUUUUGUUUUGAACACUAAAGUUUCUGGCA